UCGCCCCGCCCCCGGCCAGGCGCUGCGCGGGAGCCCUGCGACGGAGGCGGGGGGCGCGGCGCAGCAAGAUGGCGGCGGCCCCGCCGCGGCAGUGGAGCGCCGAGGAGCUGCGCAGCGAGGCGCUGCCCAAGAAGGACCUGAUCAAGUUCCUGCAGGAGCACGCGGCGCAGGCGUUUCUUGCAGAACACAAGUUACUGGGGCAAAUAAAAAAUGUGGCCAAGACUGCGACCAAGGACCAGUUAGUUACGGCCUAUAACCAGCUCUUUGAAACUCAGCGCUUUAAAGGCACAGAGAGUGCAGAUAAAGUGACGGAACAGGUAAAGAAGGUCAAAAUUGAUGAAGACAAGGCAAAAGAAACUAAGCCUGAAGAGAUUGUUGAUGAGGGUCCACCAAAAUAUACAAAAUCAGUUCUGAAAAAGGGGGAUAAAACUAACUUUCCCAAAAAAGGAGAUGUCGUUCAUUGCUGGUAUACGGGAAAGUUACAGGAUGGGACUGUCUUCGAUACCAAUAUUCAAACAAGUUCAAAGAAGAAAAAAGGAGCCAAACCUUUAAGCUUCAAAGUUGGCGUAGGAAAAGUUAUCAGAGGCUGGGAUGAAGCUCUGUUGACAAUGACUAAAGGGGAGAAGGCUCAUCUGGAAAUUGAACCUGAAUGGGCUUAUGGGAAGAAAGGGCAGCCUGAUGCCAAGAUUCCUCCAAAUGCAAAGCUCUUUUUUGAAGUUGAAUUGGUGGAUAUUGAUUGAUACGAAGAAUUUGUUCCUUUAGUGCUGUGAAUUCAUCAAUAAGUGAGAAGACAUCUGCCAACUGCAAUUCUGUUCUUACUGCUUCAGGAAAUGUUACAACUAUGGCCUUCUGUAUUGAAAAUCAUUUUGGUUUUUUUCUCAAUCGCUGUACAGUAAAACAUCACUAAAGAAAACAGAUUAUA